AUGCACAGAUAUAUGCUGAUUCAUGCCAACUCAGACCAAGACGGGAAGACCCAAAUGCCCAGGGAAGAAGGCAGCAGCAGGAGGAGAGGCUCUUUCCCAGCAGCACAUCCUCACAACACCCGUGUCAUGGCCUUCUCUGAUUCCAGUGACACGAGGCGGCCAUCACCCCUGCGUGCUCCUCUACCCCACAGCGCGCUGCUCUGAGAUGGGAAGGGACCGAGGUGAAAUGAGCCAGAGGUUACAUGGCAGACAUAAGCACUGGCCUGAGCUGCUGCUUUCCUAACGUGCAGGAAGGAGAUUUUGGUGUUAAAUACAGCCCUGCCUGUGCCCUGGGAGAAGAGGCCUGCGUAUCAAGGGAAACAUCAGAGAGCUUUGGCACCAACUCUGGCAGUGUUCAGUCACUUCCUACAGUUCCACUCAGCUCAGGUUUUACAGUGCCCUGCGCUAGAGCUAACUUUUAGUCCAAAGAGUGCAGGAACUGCAAACCCCAGGUCUAGCAACAAGAUAGUCACAUUAGUACAAAAGCAUUUUAAAGUUUAUUAGAGCAUUGCCUUUCGGCACAGUUAAUGAACUGAGGGGAUGCAGUAUGCCAAGGCAGGUAAACUCAUCCAGCAUUUGGGUCUUCCAUGCUGCUGGCUGUAGGCACGGGAGAGAAAAACUCACCCUGAAACUUUUGCAGGUUAUGGGCAAAGUAUUUAAAGGUUUCUGGGAAGAGGGAUCCCAACAGUGGGUAACAUGGGCAGACAGCCUGCUGCUAAACUGAAGCUUCUUUGUUUUACAUCAGGAGCAGACUUUGUGCAUGAUGGCGCAUGAUACCCUCUUAUGAUGGUACAGGCUGUGCUGAGCAGCAACUCAAUAAAUAUCAGCCAAUUCCCUCUCUUCAGAGGAGUGCUUUCAGCCUGCAUCUGCCUUCUGCGCCCUGCUAGGACUGAGGAUAAACAGCAUAGCUGGAGUCAAUUCUGCUCUCCUUUGGGACUAACCAGAGUCAGGCAGUGCAGUCACCGCCAAACAUCCCCAUAACCAAGUGUUUCAUGGGUUCGUCCAUUAGCACAUAGUAGCCUCAACACUGCCAGAAAGUCCUCUCUGAGGAGACACCAUUAUUCCUAUUGUUUUAAUGAAUCAUCUUCCCUUGGGUACCCAGAUACUCCUGAGUACCAAGGCCUGGCUUUGGACUAAGUGCAAAUGGAGAAGUAAAGUACUAGUGGUACCCAUGUAUCUAAGGUAGUCAUGUUCUCAACCUCCUGUCUUUUCUUCCUGCAUGUGUGUGAGCUGUCCUUACAUAUAAAUGUGCUGGGACAUGCUAACUCAUUUUGUAUUUCAGUAGUCAUGUGCCCCACAGACCUUUUCUUUCAGCCUCACCAAAGGCACAUAUCCACAUGCCUCUAGACUAGAAUAGGACAGCUUUAUCUGCCUGGGUAGUUCCCUAGCGAAUUUACAUUCUUGUUUCCUUGGAGCUCCAGUUUCUGCAUUUGUUGAGAUUAUGUGAACAUUUUGUGCUUAAAAUUCUUGUCCCUUAUUUUCCCUAGGUUGAUUUAAAUAGGAAAAUGAAAAGAGGAGCUGACAAAGCUCACCACACUUCUCAGAACUGAUUCUCUGACCCUUUUUACUGUCUGUGCCCCUCUGAAAUCUCCCCCACCUUUCAUCUGCACCAUUCCACCUUUUGCAAUAGGGGAAAGCCCCUGGAGCUUUUUCCGUCCUUUUAAAAGAAUCCACCUCUGCAGCCAGACACCGAGCUUCAUUUCUGGUAAGGUUUUCAAUCCCACUCAGCCCUUUGUCUCAGCUUAUACGUCAGCCUCUUCCUCUUGGGUGGGCAGAAAGGGGACGGUUGCUGCUGCUGUGCUGGCUGCUGACUGGGUCACCGAGUGCUGCUGGGCUGGCUGGGCUAGGCUAUAAAACACAGCAGAGCUGGAGCAGCUGGCUCAGAGAGCAGACUGAAUCUCGCAGCCGGCCAAGGAUCUGCACGCAGCCUCUGCCGCCUCCUGCGUUGUUAUUUUUUCCUGGAAUACAGAACCAGCCUUGGGAGCAAGAUGUGCAAGGGACUCGCUGCACUGCCAGCCACUUGCUUAAAAAGUGCCAAAGACAUGAAGCAUCGCCUAGGUGUCUUGCUGCAGAAGUCAGACUCCUGUGACUACAGCUCUUCCCAGGGCAAGAAGGAGAAAAUAUCUCCGAGCCAGAGGAUUAGCCAAGAGGAAGUCAAAAAGUGGGCAGAGUCUUUGGAAAACUUGAUCCAUCAUGACAGAGGACUGGCUGCCUUCCGUGCUUUUCUCAAAUCUGAGUACAGUGAGGAAAACAUCGAUUUCUGGGUCAGUUGUGAGGAGUACAAGAAGACCAAGUCGCCAGCCAAGCUCAGCCCCAAAGCCAGGAAGAUCUAUGAUGAGUUCAUCUCUGUGCAGGCAACAAAAGAGGUGAACCUGGAUUCAUGCACAAGGGAGAAAACGAGCCACAAUAUGCUGGAGCCUACGCUUUCCUGUUUUGAUGAGGCUCAGAGAAAAAUAUUCACCCUCAUGGAGAAGGAUUCUUACCGCCGUUUCCUCAAGUCUCCCUACUACCUGGACUUGGUCAGCCCACCUGGUGCUGGCUGUGGGCCUGAAAGCUGCCAAAGAGCCCACACUCACUCCUUAGACUGCAACUCCAACAUCAUCUCUCAGUGUGCCUGAACCUGCAGCAAGGCCAGGAGCGGGCUGGGCAGGCAAGGAAAUAUUUGGCAGCAAAAGCAUUCAUUGGCAUGAAGCAACAGAGCUGUCUUCAGUAGCUGUCUAAUGUCCCAGUUGUGUCCCAUGUCAUGCAACAGCCAGCAUUUGUAACCCAAGCCAGGCUCAGUUUGUGUAGCAAACCCUCCUCUGACUCCACCUGUGUAGGAGCCCUGGAGUCUGACGUGAAAGCUGGGCAAAAUCAUUGCGUGCCCGCAGUUCCUGACGAGCACCAAGCCCGGGAGGGUGGGAGCAGUAGGGAAGGGAAGGGGCACACACUUGAGCCCAGCACUAACCACGAAGGGACCAGUCCUGCCAGGUUGCAGUGUGACACCUAGCAAGGAGCAGGGGAAGCCAAGGGAAGUGGUGGGGACUGAGAUCUCCCCUUUCUAACCAGCAACAGCUUAAGUGAAAAAGACUUGGUCUGGUCCUUAGCUGUUCAUAUAGCUCCCAGAUAUUUAGGCUUUCAGUAGUAUUUGCUCAGAACUCAGGCUGUGCUGCAUUACAGUGAUCAGACGUGCGAGAAGCUCCUACUCUCUCUUGGAGACCAGAACUUUUCAGACUAGCAAACAGCCUUCUGUGGUCAUUACAGCCCAAACUGCAUGAAAGGUCUCCCCUCAGCUGCUUUUCUCUCUGUAACACCUAGUUGCAACUGGCCAAGGAUCUUUUCUAGGGCUGUACAGAGCUAUUAUUUUACAGGCGGUUCAUUAUUUCAAGCAUAUUUGUAUCUGUUAUGCUCCCAGACUAAGAACGCCAUCCUGAUACCGUAGCUGAGCAGAACAGGAACAUGUUCCUUCUCCCAGACUGCCACUUGUAUAUUACUAAGUCUGGGAGUGCCAUCUGAAUUCAGGUUUGCCUGCCCCGAUUUGUAUGAAGCAGUUUGUGAUGGGAUAGGACCACUAACUACCACAACAGCUGAGGAGGAAAGGCCCUGCUUGGGAGUAUUUGAGGGAAAAAAAAUAAAUAAAUAAAAAGCUAUAUAUUUGAGUUUGUGAUUGAGUAAUUGCAUUACUCACUUUGUCCUGAAGGUGGUAGGAGGAAUAUGCUGGCCUUGCUACUGCUCCUGGGUUGGCGAUCAUGCUCUCCCCUUGACCUUUCCCUAGCUGGAAAUUGCUUCUCUGACAGCUGUGUAGUCCUUACUCUGCAUCCCAGUCUAGACAUCUGUUUUCACACUGGGGUUUUGGUAUGGCAGGGGAGGGCUGUGGUUCUCCAGUAGGUGCUUUGGGGUCCACAAAGAAGCAUCUCUUUUAACAUUUGCUUUAUUUUGUAUUUAUUAAUGUGCUGACACAUACCACCCUGCAUGUUCAGCUACAAGAUGGAGAGGCUUGCUAAAACUCUGAACAUAGCUGAGCAUGUGGCUAUGUUUUAUUUUCCCCUGGUACUGGGAACUCUUGAUAACUCUUGCAAAGAUGUAUUGAUAUUUAAAUAAUGAUGAAUACACUCUAAAUAAAAAAUGUUUGCAUU